CAAAAUUGAUAUUCUUUUACGCCUUCUCCGCGAGAUCAUUUCAAGCUCAUCAACAAAAUUUCCCCCCAUAAACAACACUAUGAGCUCAGAACCUACUACGUAUGGUUUAUUGGAUGAUGAAUUAAACGGAAUAGACCAUGCGGAUGACAUAGAAGAGUUCGCUUCUGACCGCGACUAUGGUGAGGAGUCGGAUUUUGACUUCAAUGACUAUUCGAGUGAUACGUUGGAUUCCGAGCCAGAAGCGGAGCAUGAGCCACCUCUCGCUCUUGUUAAAACUAGUAGCAUUCAUUCUUUAUUAGAUCAUGGUGCUGUGGGAACGGGUAGUUCAUAAAGUCCAAAGCCAAGCGAGGGGACCGAUGCGAAUGUCAAUGAAAUAACAACCGAACUUUUGUCUU